AUGGGAGUGCCAGCUGCAAAGUUUCUUAUGUUUCUUUUUCUCAUUUGGGGCAAACCUGGUUUAACUGCUGCUCUGGAUAACUGUGUUUUCUUGGGGGAACAGGAUGAAAACAGUCUGUAUGAAGAUGGAGAUGUAGUUAUUGGGGGCUUAUUCCCUCUACACUACAGCCCUGUGUCUUCUCUUCCAACAUACAAAACUAAACCAUCUCCUAACACGUAUAAAUAUUUCAAUUCUCGAGCUUUGCGCUGGAUGCAGACAAUGACUUUUGCAAUCAAAGAGAUCAACCAGCGCAGUGACCUCUUACCACAGCUUAAGCUGGGUUUCCACAUCCUUGACAGUUCUGAUGACAUACCUGUGUCUCUGAGAGCAUCUUUGCUGUUGGUGAAUGGCCAGCCAGAGAGAGGCAACAGAGCUGAAAUAAUGAACAUAGACAAAGUUCAAAAAAGAAACACUGGUUCUAAUUUGGGCUGUUCUGCCAUACAAAGGACUGUGUCCCCAGUAAUCAUAGGAGAUGCUGCCUCUGGAGUGUCUAUGGCUCUGCUAAGAAGCCUGGGUUCUUUCCAUAUACCCCUGGUGAGCUAUUUUGCAUCCUGCAGCUGUCUGAGCAACCAAAAGAACUUCCCCACAUUCAUGCGUACAAUGCCAAGUGACGCAUUCCAGGUCAGAGCCCUGGCCCGUCUGGUUAGUUAUUUUGGCUGGACCUGGGUGGGAGUCAUUGGUCUGGAAUCUGAUUAUGCCCGCUUUGCCAUCCAGCUCUUUCUGCAAGAGUCAGCACAAUAUGGUGUGUGUGCUGCCUACACACACCUCUACCCUGUAGUCCUGACACAGCAGGCUCUAGAUGAGCUACUGGAUGUUAUUCAGAUGGCAUCCUCAAAGGUCAUCAUUAACUUUUGUAGUGAUUCAGAGAUGAAGGGUAUUCUGGCAGAGAUCCGACGUCGGAACAUAACCGGUCUGCAGUGGAUCGCCAGUGAAGCUUGGGCCACUGCCAAAUCACUCUGGGACAAGUUUGGAGAUCUCCUGACAGGAACACUUGGAUUUGCCAUCCGGAGAGCUGAUGUGAUUCCAGGGCUGAAACAACACCUCACUAGUCUCAGACCAUCACAUAUUCAUGAAUCAGCUUUCUUGGCAGAAUACUGGGAAGAGUUGUUUAACUGUCGACUGAACGGGUCAGUGAAUAGCCACUCACAUGGGGGUGACAACUACCAAGACCGACUGCCAUGUAAAGGGACAGAGGACUUAAAUGAUGUUUACUCUCCGUAUGCUGAUGUGACACAGCUAAGAGUGUCUUAUAAUGUCUACAAGGCUGUGUAUCUGGUUGCACAUGCCUUGCAAGAUAUGAGUAACUGCAUAGUUGGCCAGGGACCUUUUCUUAAUGGCACCUGUGCAGACCCACAGAAAUUUAAACCUUGGCAGCUAAUCUAUUACAUGAAGCAUGCUAACUUCUCCGCAGUGGGGGCGAAAGUAAGCUUUGACCAAAAUGGUGACCCAAUUGCAUAUUAUGAUCUCUUGAACUGGCAAAGGAGGCCUGAUGGGUCAUUACAUUUGGUAAAAGUUGGUUUCUAUGAUGCCUCUUUGCCUGCUGAACGCAGCCUGGUCAUAAAUGGGUCAGUGAUUCAGUGGCCUGAUGGGAAGCAGGGUUUCCGGUCUGUAUGCAGUGAAAGCUGUCCUCCAGGUUCCCGCAUUGUGAGGAGAAAAGGGGAACCGAUCUGCUGUUUUGAUUGUGUCACCUGUGCAGAGGGAGAGGUCAGCAAUAGGACUGAUUCUUUAGAGUGUAUACGCUGCUCAGAGGACACAUGGCCCAAUGAAAACAGAGAGCUCUGCAUCCCAAAGACUAUUGAGUUUCUGUCUUACCACGACUUAAUGGGUAUUGUGCUAUGUGUUGUAUCCGUCUUAGGGGCGUGUAUGUCCCUCUCCAUCCUUGCCAUAUUCUUUACAUGCAAAGACACACCACUAGUUCGGGCCAACAACAUGGAAUUGAGCUUCCUCCUGUUGGUGUUUCUUGCUGUAUGUUUUCUUGUCGGCCUGUUGUUCAUUGGUGAGCCAUCAGACUGGCUUUGUCGCAUUAGGUACCCAGCAUUUGGAAUUAGUUUUGCCCUCUGCAUCUCAUGCCUCCUAGCCAAGACAGCAGUUGUCCUAAUGGCGUUUAAGUCCACACUUCCAGGAAGUAAUGCCAUGAAGUGGUUUGGACCCAAUCAGCAGAGAACCAGUGCACUUUUAGGAACGUCUGUUCAGGUAAUAAUCUCUCUCAUCUGGCUGGUCACCCAUCCGCCUCAUGCCAACAGCAACACAAAUUACCACAGUGCUACAAUCAUCAUUGAGUGUGUUCCUGGUUCAGAGGUUGGCUUCUGGUGUGUUCUUGGAUAUAUUGGGAUCCUGGCCUGUAUGUGCUUCCUAAUGGCUUUUUUGGCUCGCAAGCUGCCAGAUAACUUCAAUGAGGCAAAGUUUAUCACCUUCAGCAUGCUGAUAUUCUUUGCAGUGUGGAUUACUUUUAUCCCUGUUUAUGUGAGCUCAGCUGGGAAAUACACAGUGGCUGUCCAUAUUUUUGCUAUUCUAGCCUCAGCCUUUGGUCUCCUCUUUUGCAUUUUUGCCCCAAAGUGCUAUAUCAUAAUACUGAAACCAGAAAAAAACAGCAAGAAAAACAUCAUGAAAAGAUGA